AUGGAACUAAAACUUGUACUUAGCGUCUUUGUGCUGUACAUUGAGGUUUCACUUGCAGUAUUGCAGCAUGUGACGGUCAUGGAAGGUGAGAAACUCAGCUUAAACUGUCCUGUUACCAAUGCUGACAAGACCAAUGUGGACUGGAAAAACCCUAAAGGAUUUGUUAUGUUCUUCAAUCGCAAUCAAGCCUUAAAGGACAAACGCUACAGAAUCGACACACUGUCUGAGUCGGAAUUCUCCAUCAGUGUUUCCAGCGUCAAAUUUAACGAUGGAGGCAAUUACACAUGUUCUCAUUAUGGAGACCAAAUAACAGAGAAGAUAGUGGAGGUGACAGUGUUGGGUUAUCCCAAAAUGUCAAAAACAAAGCAUGAAGGAAAGACUGUCAUAAAAUGCACUGCUGUGGGGAACCACUUUGCUCCUCAGAUUUCUUGGAAAAUCGGCGAUGGGUCCGAAUUUCUUGCUCGUACCCAAUUCCAACAGGAAGCUAAAAAAUACAUCUCCACUGGGAUGAUUGAAAUUCUCUCAGUAGAGAAAAGAGUUACUGUGAAGUGUCUUGUUCGCCACCCUGCAUUGAAAUCAAAACAUCUGAUGAACUUUGUAAAAAUUAGACAAGACUCAAAAGGAUCCCACCACACAUCCACAGUCAGUCCACAUACUGUUAAAGGAUCAACACAAGUGCCAGGGACAACAACCACGUGGAUCAGACAUAAUAGAACAGCAGUGUACUCCACCACAAGAAAUGAGAACAAGCCCUUAUCAGAGAGCUCAACGGUUCCCUCCAGUCUGCAGGUUUCCACCAGUGACCCAGAGAUGUCUAUCACUAGAUCUCCUCAGAUCCCUGUUACAGGCCCUACAGACCCACAUCUCAGCACUAGUGGCUGGACAUAUUCCUCUGAAACCACAGAGAACAUCACCAUUGAUAACAUGGACAGUAACACAACAGGGAAUUUUGGCUUAAACAUGCAUAGAAAAGACCAAGAAAAUUCAUCAUUGCUGGUCUUGCUAGUGACAUGCCUAAUCUGUGGCCUUCUAGUGGUCGUCAUUUUUUUUGCUAUCAAGCUGAGGAGAGCACACAUUGCCUGGAAAAGAGAAAAUGAAGACUCUAAUCCAUCAGAGGAGAGCAGUAAAUCUAAAUCAAGCCAUGAAGAAAAGACCUCACAAGCACAACGGAGAAGAGGCCUCUUCAAUACAGCCUUCACACAGUAUGUUGUUGAAGAACCAGCGAAGACGAUGACUUCAGUGCAAAACACAGCUGUGAUCACAGCAACGACUUCUCAACAUCAAACUACAGCACAAACUUUAGCCAAAUGUGAUGCGAAGGAGACAUCGCUAUAACUGUCUUGAAAACACAGUUUUCAUGAUAUCAGCAAUUUUCCAUUUUUUUCUGCACUUGCAUGACAGA